CUCUGCACUGAUGUUUUUGAAGUAGUUCUUAUCGAUCGAGAUCAUCGGGAUAAACGGAAGUCAAUACGCCGAUAAGCACUUUUUUCCUGUAGUUUGUAAAAAUGUCAUCAAGCAAAUCUUUGGUUUUUGACCUAUCGGAGGAACAUCCCAGAAAGUUGAUACCAGAACUGUGCAAACAAUUUUACAACCUUGGAUGGGUUACCGGUACCGGAGGCGGCAUAAGUAUAAAAUUUGAUGAUGAGAUAUAUAUUGCUCCUUCCGGAGUUCAGAAAGAGCGAAUUCAUUCGGAUGAUUUGUUCAUUCAAAAUAUUGAUGGAGAGAGUCUGGAGGAACCGGCUGACUACAAGAAAUUGACGAAGAGCCAGUGUACUCCAUUGUUUAUGUUGGCGUAUCGCGAAAGAAAAGCAGGAGCAGUUAUACAUACUCAUAGUCCUGCUGCAGUACUAGCUACUCUUCUGUGGCCCGGAAAAGAAUUCAGAUGCACGCACUUGGAGAUGAUCAAGGGGAUUUACGAUCAAAAAUUGGGACGCAAUUUGCGUUACGAUGAAGAACUUGUUGUGCCGAUUAUAGAAAAUACUCCAUUCGAAUCGGAUUUGGAGGAGUACAUGGAAAGCGCAAUGAAAGAGUAUCCGGGUACAUCGGCAAUUCUAGUCAGAAGACAUGGAGUCUAUGUUUGGGGUAGCAACUGGCAAAAGGCAAAAGCAAUGACAGAAUGCUACGAUUAUCUGUUCUCACUAGCGGUUGAAAUGAAAAAGUUAGGUUUUGAUCCUAAUGAAGCUCCGAACUAAGAGUCAAUAAGUACGAAUAUAACUUCUCAAUAUAACCAACAAGUGUGUCUUUUGCUGAAAGCUUAGAAACGAAUAAAUUGGUUUCUGUAGAAAUCGAA